AUUCAACGAACACUGCGACAAAAAUAGAAGUACUUAGGUACUGCUCGUACUAGAUUAGAUUUCAUUUAGAAUAAUAUCUCGAAUAGCUGCUCGUGCUCGUGCAUCCCUCUUUUACGAAAAUUUAGAAGAUCCUCGCCUUCAACUUCAUUCAACAAGAUGGGUGGCAAGGCAAAACCGACCAAGCACACCACUAAGGAGCUUUCGAAGAAGGCAGCGGAUGCACUGACAAACAAAGUUAAGGCUCUCACUAACUCGACGUCUUUGACUUCUUUGUUUGAUUGACUGGAUCCCUAAAAAAAGGUAUGGCCCAGCGUCUCACUGAUAUACAACGUCAAGGACGCAGGAGGAGGCUUAGGGUUUAGUAGGCAGACCAGAACCUAAACUAAGCCUAAGUUAGUAACGUAGAAGGGGGUCAAAGAUGAAAUACUUUACAUACUUAGUCUAAUAAAGGAGCGGGUGCCGCAGGCGUUAAAGAUCGCGCAGGAGGCGCGGCUGGGCAUGCGAAAUUCUCCUGUGUCAUCUGUGGUCAAGCUGCACCUUCCGAGAAGAGCGCCAUGGAGCACUGGGACUCCAAACAUCCGAAAUUGGGAAAAUUCGACAUUGGUGACGAGAAACUUAUGAUUUCGAUUUUGAUUGUCCUAAGUAAGAAUGCAACCAGCUUUCUACUGUACAGAUAUUAGCUCAUCUUGCGACGUCCUCCGUAAUAGUGUAGUGGUCUUCUAUACCCCUGGAGUCGGUGCAUUCACUCACUCACUGACUCAAAUUUGUCGUUUCUUCUUCUAAUCACAAGUGGAAGGAUAUGCACGCGGCCUGCGGUGGUGUCACUACAUCGGGCGUUGGCGUCAGAGGUGGAAUUAACGUGAAACACAAGUAGAUCAUGAAGCACUUCUGAAAUCAAGAAGAAAUGGAGCACUACUGAUGUUGAGGAGCAAAUAAUGAUCUCACGGAACGGCGUUCUUCUAAAAUAGAAUUGUAGAAGACGUCGACGAAGGUGAACAUCUUUUUUAGCAUUUUCAGCACACGAUGAUAGGUAUGGCCUUAAGCUUAACCUUAUGUCUACAAUGUAGCAACAUGAUUGAUGUCUACCUAAUCCCGUUGUUGUGCUGCUAGAACUUCUUCAUCUUCAUCAUUAUAAUUGAAGAAGAAAAACAUUUACAUGUGAUGGAUGUUCAUCUUGUAGGAAUAAUGAUAAUAGUACGUCGAAAACGAAAUUGCAAUCUUUUCUUCAUCAAAGCAGCUAACCUCUUUUUUAUUAGAAGAAAGAGGUCGUUGCUUGGGUACUACAAUUGUUCUACCUUUUUUUCUUUGCAUCAAUUUAAACAAUCAAAUACUUAAAAAAAGAUGUUAUACAUUAUGAAUAGCAAUAAAUGCGUCGAGCUCGUCGAGGUGGACCGUUGUUUUCUGCAUCGUGAAAACCCAAAUAUACAUAUGAUAGAAGAGGGGCCCUUUGCCUCACUCUGUCCAAUGUGGAUUGCGCAUCAUGACACUUAAACUUUUAAUAUUCUCGACGUCGUCAACGUCAACUGCAACUCAUCAAUCUUUUUCUCGAAUCUUCUUCUUUCGCUCCUUCGCAGAGCUAUUGCAGCAACAAGUAAUAUUACCUUAAGUUGUACCAGGACAGAAAUAUGUAUUUUUUUAUGUUCUCUUACUUUACACACUAACUUGCGACACGUAGUUAGUUUGUUAUAUUUGUAUAAACAAUGUUGGAGGAGAUGUAACGAACCAUCAACGACCCUUAUUCAGGAACUAAGAACGAGAUCAUGUAUUAGAUCGUUCUAGCUAGUCGUUAGAAGACAAAAAGGAGAACGAAGUUUGUUAGUAGCAGAGGGAUGGUUUCCACAACAAUGUAGAAUUCUUGAACUCACUACUUAUACGAAGGAGGUACUCACUUAAACCGUAUGAUCCGGGCGCCACUCGGAUCUGCGUCUACCAACACUGUAAUGGUGUAAAUAAGCUGCAUCUGCAUUAUGAAGGUGAUAAGAUGAAGUCAUACGGUGAGAUGAAGUCACUUGAUGACUUAUUUGCAUUUACACGACAAGAACCCACAUGAAGAAAAUUAUAAUUUUAUGAGAUGCUUCCCGCACAAAACAUCAUAAAAGCAAAUCCACCUGCUUCUCACAGGUGCUGCUCGAGCUCCUGCGUAUUCUGAAACAACAAGCAAGUAGAUGCUGCUGGGCGUGCUGGCUUAUGGAGGUACUAACUUAUCUUGCUUAGCUUGUUGCGGAAGCGGAGCGGUUGUUCAACAUCAUCAUCAUUAUUGGUUUCAUCUGAGAAGUUGGUCUCUACUCAACAACGUGAUAGUCAUUGUCGGUACUUGGUCGGAGGAGGAGGACAUGCACGACAUGCACAUUACAAUAUUACAAAUAGAAAGUAAACAAGGAACAGGAAGAGGCAACAUGAGACAGAUUCUGUAGAUGGAAUUAAACGACAUGUUCUGGAACAUGGAACGAUGGAACAAUGCUCAACAUGGAAUGCUCAAGACUUCACGACUUCGAUAGUGAUAGCAAAAAAGGAAGAGAAGAAGAAAUAGAAUUCUUCCAACAGCGACCUCUUGCCAGGCACAUCAAUCAAUCAAUCAAUCAAUCAGUCGGUCGUCGAUUCAUUACUUUCAUGGAGGAAUGAUUUAUUAAUUAUCG